GUCUCCAGGCCAAGUCGAGGCGGAAACGCUCUCUCUACCGCUCACAGUGGCUUCGCUCUUAGCUGGGAAUCAUUUCAGUUGGCUUUCAGUUGUUUAAUCGUUUGGUUGUGUCGCCAGCCGUCGCCACGACAACGACGCUUCAGGUUUCCACAAUUGUUUUUGCCAAUUAGAGAGAAGACAAUGAAACCCGCCCGAACAGCUUGAAUUGGAUAUUUUUUGAGCUUUUUUGUGGAUUUGUAUUUGGUUGCAAGCGACUCGAAAGUGCAACGUUGUGUGACCGAAGAGCAUCCAAAAGCAAAUUGAAAGCGAAGUCAAGUACAAAGCAGAAUGGCUCAGAUUGUGGCUGGGGAUGAGCGGGUUAACGAGAAACCAGUUAAAAAUGCCUGGCAGAUGAAAGCCAUGGAUGCCAAUCGGUAUGCGACGAAGAAGACGAUCGCCCAGGGCAUGCUGGAUAUAGCACUGCUCACGGCCAAUGCCUCCCAGUUGAAGUACAUCCUGCAGGUGGGGGAGCAGCAUCAGUUUUACAAGCUGAUGCUCAUCCUCAUCAGUCUGUCGAUCGUGAUGCAGAUACUGUCGGGUGUGCUGAGCCUGUCGCUGAGUUUGUUGCGCGACUGCCGACUCCACCAGCCAGAGUUUCACCAAUCGGCCAAUGUUAUCAAUCACAUUCGCACUGCCUUUGCCUUUUUCACAACGAUGCUAAAUCUCUUUAUCUCGGCAUUUGAUAGUCGUCUGCCCCCGCCACAAGGCGACCUUCUGAAUAAUGUGAACUAGAGGGGGCCGCGUACAUAUCCGUGGAUUCAUUUGCUUGAUUUUAACCGUCUCAAUAUCCAUUUUGACAGCUAUUGGUUGGAAUUCUGUUUGUGGCCAUCGGCAGUCUCAACAUUAACCGGCAGAAAGAUCAGACAGCGGCGAUCAUCCUCAACGAUAUUAUCCUCGUGGUGAUAUUCGUGAUAUCCGUUCUGAAUGUCAUAAUUUCGGGCU